AUGCCACGAGAAAUAAAAGAAGUUAAAGAUUUUCUUAAUAAAGCACGUCGUUCAGAUGCGCGUGCUGUAAAAAUCAAGAAGAAUCCUACGAAUACUAAAUUCAAGAUCCGCUGCUCGCGCUUCUUGUACACGCUAGUGGUACAGGAUAAGGAAAAAGCGGACAAAAUUAAGCAAUCUUUGCCCCCAGGAUUGCAAGUCAAGGAGGUCAAGUAGUGCUUCGUUCGUAUCCGCAUCAUCACGAGCAGUGCAUAAAUUCGAUUUGUCUGGAUUCAAAUACUUCUUUAAAUAAAAUCGAUUUUUAAAACGUA